CCGACAGAAGGGGUUUAGAAAUCUCUGUGCUGCACCUUCACUUUACAUCUGCUAGAACUGAGGCAGGGGGGAAAAAAUUCCAGACGGGGACUUAAUCAGCUCCACUGACAACUCCAGAUAGCGGAGAGAAGAACCAGCGGGACUCCAGAGCCCCAGGAAUCCAAACACACCACUAGUCACAGAUAAGGCAGCAAGAGGGGAGCCCCUCAAAAUCGGUCCGACAGCCCUCUCAACUUCCACUUCGCCCAAGGAAAGGAGCAGCAGGCUAACCCUGAUCUGAGGAGAGGACUCUUGACACUAGGAAGAAAACUAAGAUUUCACUGAGAAGGGGUCUUCUGUUGGGGGGAUUGACAGGACUCGAGCAUUACUUUGGAGUUUCUGACAGUUAACCAGCACCAAACUGGAGGAGGAACAGCAAGUGGUCAACUGGGCCCCCCACCAUAAUUUCACAAUGAGUAUGAGCGGUACUCUUGAGAAGGGGGCCCACCAUCAGGCCUUGGACCUAUCUGAGGAGCUCCCCCCUCAUCACCAACACCUCCACCCCAACCACCAGCAACAGCUCGCCCACCACUCAAAUUCCCUGGCCUCGACUGCUGCCAUGAGCAGCGGGGGCAGAGAGACACCCUCGCGGGUGGUUGUGCCGCCACCCUACUCUGCAGCAGACAGUGCGGGCGGAGGCAGCGAGGCCCCCCUGGAGUUACGCGGGUCCCUGGACUGCUGGGCCUGCUCUGUGCUGGUGACGGCCCAGAAUCUGGUCAUCGCUGCGAUUAACGCUUGUGUGGCCGGGCUGGUGUUCGGAACCAUUCUGACACCCGCUAUUGUCAUGGUGAUGUUCGGCUUCCUCUGUCACUCCACGGUUCGCCCCCAUGGGACGUCCCCCUACUGCUCAGACCUGCUGACUGACGGCGGGUGUGUGGCUCUGCUGGUGGUGGGCUUCCUCCUGGUCACUCCCCUGCUGGUUUUGGCUCUGGCCGCCUACUGCCGGCUGGCACGCCACCUGCAGCUGGGCCUCUGCUUCAUCCCUUACAGCCGGGCCGUCUACAAGAACCUCCCUGCCACCCAGCACCGCGGCCUGGCCACCGGAUGCUGCGGCGGUCGCGCCCGGAAGGACAGCGGCAAGGGAAAGGGAAAGGUUUGGGUGUGAGAUGCAGAGGGGGUGAGAAAGGGCGAGAGAGAGAGGGAUGAAUUGGUGUCCGGGGGAUCUCGUGUAAAUGGAAGUUAGAGGAAAGGAUGGGGGGUAGGAGACGGGAGCUGGCUUUGUGUGCGAGUGUGUGAUUAGGCCUAUAAACGACCGCGAAUGGAGGGACGAGGAAUAUUACAAGCAGAAGAGGAAGGAGGGGAUAACAUGAAAACCAUCACUGCAACUAAACUAACUCUCAUGACCUCACAAGGACCGCCUUCGCAACCGACCUUCUGAUUUGGUUGGUAGUAAGUGUAUGUGUGUGGCAUGGA